AUGAGCUCAAAAAACCAACCCAUCACCCAAGCCCUCCUCGCGCGCGCCCACUCUCCCACCUCGGCCGAGCGCAUCUACUCAGACAAAAUCCAACACCGCCCGCUCUUCCUGCGCCCAACCUCCCCUCCCCCACAAGCCACCGCCCGGCAAACCCGCCGCAAAGAGCGCGAGCGCAAAGCCAAGGAGCGCAAGAAAGCCCUCAAGCCCAAACCGCUAUCUGCCAAACAACGCCGCCGACUUGGCCUACACGAUGUGCCCCGCGACGGUCAGAAAUAUGUCGCAUUCCUGCCGCUACACAACCUGUGGCUGGGCUACGUGAGGGAGAUCCUAGGUAGUGAGGUCUACACCGGUGGUCAAGGUGCUGCGUCAAAGCUGAGCUCCGCCGAUAUGCACGGCGCCGAGGUCGAGGUCGUCAGGAGUGGCUGUGUGGGAAGAGUCGGCAUCAAGGGGAUUGUGAUCAAGGACGCCAGGUUUGUGUUCGAGAUAAUCACUCCCAAAAACAAGGUCAAACUUGUGCCAAAGGAGGGGACUCUCUUCCGGGUCGAGAUCCCACCCUCGGAUGCGACCAAGGAUCGCGAGGCGAAAGGGAAGGAACAGGCUCCGCCGCCGAAAAGUUUGACUCUUGAGAUCUAUGGGGACCAGUUUGCUGUUCGAUCGGCCGAUCGGGCCAACAGAAAAUUCAAGCCGCACUUCCUGGAAAAGGUUUGA